AUUACAUCACACAGCGCAACCUGGAUGCAAUUGACAUGGCAGCCACCAGAGUAUUCACAUCCGCAUGAGAAGAUUAGCUACAGAGUUCUACACAAACCAAUGAAAUCGGAGAAAUUUGUUAAAAUCGAAACCAAAGUAGCAUGGCUGCGCAUGAGCAACCUGAAACCCAGUUCCCAGCAUAUCCUCUACGUCGAAGCUGUAGGUGAGCACGCUAUAUCGCUGCCUUCCGAGACGCUCGUGGCAUGGACCGAUCCCGCACUACCAGCUUUUGUUGAUCCACCCACUGUACACCCAGCUGACAAUAUACCCGAAGGCGGUUCGAUGACUAUACUCUGUCUGGCUGGGAAUCCAGCGCCCACAAUUUCACUCUACGUCGGCGGACAUUUGGUGCGACAGGACACUUCAAGGCAUAUGGUCACAGUGAUACACAACGUCAGCGCCGAUAUGGAGCAUAUUUCCUGCUAUGCAGACAAUGGUUAUGGUGUGCCAAUGCAGGCCGCUAGGCGCGUGAAUAUUUGCUAUGCACCAAAAAUUACCGCCGCUGGCAUCACCGUCGCUUCUUUGGGCGAUGAGGUCGAGCUGCGUUGCACAGUCGAUGCGAAACCUACACCAAAGACAAUCUUCUGGCGUGAUCAUGAUGGCCGCGUACCCGUUAUACAGGGUGGUCACUUUGAUAUCUCCACCAAAAUGAACGAAUCCCAUCCCAAUUUGUACACCAUGUCACUGCGUAUCAACAAAAUGCAGGCGAACGAUGUUGGAUACUUUUGCCAUGCUGAGAAUGCUUUCGGUUCCUCGACGACGCCUGUUUCGGUGCGCAUACGCACUACGCCGGCAUUUGGACGCAGUUCUGAGUGUUGUCGCCAAAUGAAUGUCUCGCUGGCCUGCCGUGCCGCUUGCAGUUAUUAUGUGGACAUAGAAGCGAUCGCCGAUAAACCGGAAUGUAUUGUGGACUUUGAUAAGUUGAUGAAAUGUGCGGCAGAUGGUUCGGAUCAUCGUAGCUGCUGCGCGGAUGCAAAUGUGCCGCGGAAGUGUUUGAACUGGUGUCGUGGCGAUGCGGUGCGAUCGAAGGAGGUUUGUAGCUUGCAAUAUGCGCGUACGAUCGUCGGCUGUUUUGAAACGAAUAGAGAAAUGCCAGGACCGCCAGAGAAUAUUGCAGUUAGUGUGGUGUAUAGUGAAGUGAUGAUUAGAUGGGAUCCACCACAAAAGAACCCCAACGUCGUUGAAGGCUAUCGAAUAUUUUAUCAUGAGGCAGCCAUUCUCGCACCCGACUCCAGCGAGUCCAGCGGUGAUGGCCUUGGCUACAAUGUUACGAGCAUACAAAAUACAACCGAAAUAAGACGUCUCGAUGUAAAGGAUACCACAGUAAAUAUUGAGGGACUGAAAAGGGAUGUACUCUAUGAACUGGUAGUGAAAGCUGGCAAUUCUUUUGGUGCCAGCGUUCUUACCGAACCAGUUAAAUUUACUUUGGGCGAUCAUCAUGUCACCUCGGCGACAACAUAUUCGAAUGCUGUUGGCACAAUCAGCGGCAUUGUGGCGAGCAUUUUGGCUGUUCUCUUAGCUGCUGCAGCCAUUAUAUUCUAUCGUCGUCAUCGUGCACAUAACGGUAAGGCCGGUAAUGGUGUGGCUUUUGAGAAUCCAACGUAUACGCGUGGUCUGGAGCAAGUGCAGCUACCCACAGUGACAUCUGCCAUCACGCAUGCGGGCUCCACCGCCCAACCAGCGCCGCGUGAGGGCAUUGUCAACGAUGCGAAUGCGGACGCGCACACCCAAUGCAACGAAAUAAAUCCAACAAUUUAUGAAGAGCUCAAACUUGGCCAAGAAGGUGCUGGAUUCAAGAAACUUGUGCCAUAAAUGCCAAAAUGUGCAAUAAAACUCAAGCACGCACAAACAAGCAAACAAACACACACACACACACACAGAGAGACACACACUUGUGGAAAAAACCGAGUACACGCACAGUCAACAUAAAAUAAACAAAGCGACAGAAGCCACAGAGUUACAAACAAA